ACACUGCACCUGUCGUAGUAGUCUGAAGUCAACCGAGCUAACAUAGACAGGGCACAGAGGAUAUAGUGCAUUCGAUUUACAACGACAGGACAAUCAAACAUCGGGCUUUAUGUGUAUGUUAAAUUUCAUUUCUGAAGGGGACAGAAACUUGCCUCCUACGGGUGCCCAGGGGCAGGAGCAUAAAGCUCAGGAAGAUGGCGUCCCCCUUUGUGCCUGUCCCGGUGCCGAUGGACAGAGCUUUGUCAGGAGGUAGCAGCAAGCUGAGGCGGCCACAGCGAGCUUCAUCACUAGGCAGCGUCUCUAGCUUCUCCACCGGGCAGGACCAUGGACGAGGAUGUGGGGGAUUAGGUACCCAGCGCCAGUCCCGCUGCGUGGACAGAGGCAGCCGGAGCAGGACACCACCACCCCCCCAGAGCCCUGUGACCCGGGCCAGAGUGAACGGGACUCUGGAGCCUUCCAUCGAGUACUCUAGCUGUCCCCGCUCCAUAUCAGAUCCUGCUGGGAGCCAGCAAGGCGAGGACAGGCCUAUUACCCCCACUGUGCUGGGAUAUGAAGUCAUGGAGGAGAGAGCCAAGUUUACGGUAUUUAAGGUCCUGGUCAGGAAGACUCCAGAUGAGAGCUGGGUUGUUUUUAGAAGGUACACAGACUUCUCCAGACUCAACGACAAGCUGAAGGAGAUGUUCCCGGGCUUCCGCCUCUCACUGCCUCCUAAGCGCUGGUUCAAAGACAACUAUGACACCGACUUCCUGGAAGACAGACAGUUGGGACUCCAGGCCUUUUUGCAAAACCUUGUUGCGCACAAGGACAUUGCCAGCUGCCUGGCAGUGAGGGAGUUUCUGUGUCUGGAUGACCCCCCUGGGCCUUUUGAUAGUCUGGAGGAGAGCAGAGCGUUCUGCGAGACUUUGGAGGAGAGCAAUUACCGUCUCCAGAAGGAGCUGCUAGAGAAGCAGAAGGAGAUCGCCUCCCUGAAGAGGAGGCUGGAGGAGAGGGAGCAAGCCAUUCUGCUACUGGAGAAGCAUAUCAAUAGCGAGUGUGUGAGCCCGGAGUCUGUGUGUGAUCUGUCAGCCCAGGGCAGUGAGAGCAGUGCAGAUGUGGAGUCGUCUGCGGCAGAGGCCGAUCAGGAUGUGCCUGAGGACACUGGCAGUGCUGCCCCGAACUGAAAAAAGAUCCCCAUAACAUGUGAGUGGCAGGUGUGAGGUCCAACCGGUGCGAUCCUCUGCCUGUUGGUGUGGACCGUCACUCAGCAGCUCUCCUCCGCUCAUCCAGGUCACUCAGCUUUACCACUAGAAGCUGGAUCGAUAGCGAGAAACGCUGUCAUUUCAUACUCUUUGUUUUUUUUCUGCCUUUUUUUGACCGUACCAUUCCCUGCUCCCACCACAACUCCCAUUCUCACUUUCCACCUUCCACACAGAAGCACUGUUUCACCUUCCGGUCUUGCAGUUGGAUCUGAAGCAGACUAUAUCUCAAGAUCUGCUUAUAAGUUAGAAGGGAACAGCCUGUCUGCCCAUAUUUCCCCCUAAACAAUGGGUCAUGGGAUACUUUAUCUGGCCCAUGCGAAACACUUCAUUCUGAAGACACAUCUUGGGCAAGAUAAGAACUAUAUCUGGAAUUACAUGGCUACACUUCUUAAAACCUUAAACCAAGUCGGUCCGUCUUAAACGGUGUGGGGAUUUCUCAGUUCUCCUCGUUCACUUUUAAACCGUGUAUCGCGGCUGCCUGAUUGGAUCGAUUUGAUCAUGCGGUCACAAAGCCAAAGUUUGGCAUCUUGACCAAAAAUAUAAAAAAAAACCUUGAAGACAUUCACAAUUGUGACAAUCUGAAGAAAAGCCGAACCAUCACUUCCUGCAGACGUGCAUUGCCUCAUCACUUGAGACAAAAAUAGAGAAACCACACCCUCGUGGCCAUAGAACUGUAGAAAUAAAAACAAGUCUGGAUGA